AUGAAAUUGGCUGCGGGCUCGUGCGGGGGCGGGUCCGGGGGGUCAGGCGGCGGCUGGGGCGGCGGACUCGGCAGCGGGGAAGAGGGAGGAGAAGAUGGCAGCAGCCCAGGGGGCAAAGGAGGCUUCGGGGCUCGGGGCCGCGGCUUUGGCGGCGGCGGCCGGGGCCGAGGUCGUGGCGGCGGGGAUGGUAGGGGCCGUGGCGCCGGCGGGCAGCGGCGCGGCUGCAUAGCCAAGAGCGAGAACCGCCGCAGGAAGGGCGCCAAGGCAGUGGCGGUGGAGCCGCACCGGCACGAGGGCGUCUUCAUUUACCGCGGAGCUGAGGACGCGCUGGUCACUCUGAACAUGGUGCCAGGCCAGUCGGUGUACGGCGAGCGGCGCGUCACGGUGACAGAGGAUGGCGUGAAGCAGGAGUAUCGCACGUGGAACCCCUUCCGCUCCAAGCUGGCCGCGGCCAUCCUGGGAGGGGUCGACCAGAUCCAUAUCAAGCCAAAGUCCAAAGUGUUGUACCUGGGGGCUGCCUCGGGAACCACAGUCUCCCAUGUUUCUGACAUCAUCGGUCCGGAUGGCCUGGUCUACGCUGUGGAGUUCUCGCACCGCGCCGGUCGCGAUCUGGUCAAUGUGGCCAAGAAGCGAACCAACAUCAUCCCGGUCCUCGAGGAUGCCCGGCAUCCCCUCAAGUACCGCAUGCUCAUCGGUAUGGUGGACGUGAUCUUCGCAGACGUGGCCCAGCCAGACCAGUCGCGCAUCGUGGCUCUGAACGCCCACACCUUCUUGCGCAAUGGGGGUCACUUCCUCAUUUCCAUUAAGGCCAACUGCAUCGACUCCACAGCUUCCGCCGAGGCGGUGUUUGCUUCUGAGGUGAGGAAGUUGCAGCAGGAAAAUUUGAAACCUCAAGAGCAGCUGACCCUAGAGCCCUAUGAGAGGGACCACGCUGUGGUCGUUGGGGUCUACCGGCCUCUUCCCAAGAGUGGCAGCAAGUAG